AGAAGAUAUUUGGUAGAUUUUUCUAAAAAAACUAACGUUUACUAUUUCAGUCUGCUUCCAGCACCGCUGCAUGUGCCUUAUCGCGAAAGAGAUGAAGACGAUGACUUAGAGAAAGCUUACAAAGAGGUGAGCGUUCUGAGUAGUCGGCCAUGUUUGAUUUGACCUGUUGUUCGAUCGCGAGGUUUAUUAUGAUUUUUACACGGUCGAUCUUUGUUCAGUUAAAGGUAACAGCUUUUAAGAAAGAGCCUCCUCCAUAUGGAAAAAGACAGGGCUGGAUUCCAAGAAAGUUGGAGGUUUGUUGAUGAUAACGCUCAGCAAUUUAACAUUGCCAUGCAAAUCGAGGUUACAACGCCUGUGAUAUACAGACUGUAAUUAUGGACCACCUUAACACCUUUUAGUUGUGUUCUAUGUGGUUUUAUGAAUUUAUAUGCUGCUGAGUUUUUUUCUUACAUAGAAGAUUCUUGUUGUUAUCAUAUGAGACCCUUGAUGAUAACAUACAGCUUGACAUGGCAGCUUCGACAACAAUCACGUUCCUCUAUUUUAGUCAUAGUCACAUGUUUUCUUUAGUAAACGUUGCAUUUCAGAAGAAUGCGGCAUAUCAUAGAAAAAAAUAAGCUAUAUUUUGCAAGGAAGGAAUGUAAAGUUUAAGUGCGUACGUAGCCAUUUUCAAAUUACAGAAAAGGCUUGCCCUCUCAUUGAUAUUAAGCCUUAAUUGUUUAAAUGUUUGUAGACAUUGAAGUAUUUGCACUGUAAUUUUUGGUGAAUUAUAAGGAUAAACUUUUGAAUGAUUUCAUGCUAUUGGUACAAUCUGGAAAAAGUCCUUGUUGCCAUUAUUGCAAUCACUUUGAUUUGAAAAAAAAUAUGAUGGCAGUGAAGCUACAUGUACAUACUAGCGAUGUAGCUUGAGAAUGAUCAUUCUGAAAUUUUCUUCCUCUGAAUGCACUCUUACUGAUAUACAGGUCCAUGCACAUAAGAUAUCAGGAUAAUUAACAACUAUUCACUGAAGUGCCAGUGGCUAGUGGUGGUUCUUUACUGAGUUUAUAACUGGCGAGGUAAAUAUCCGUGGCUAGCCACUGAUGCUGCUGUGAAUAGUUGUUGGGAUGAUACAGCACAAAACCAUGAUUUCAACACUUGCAAAUACUAUGCUUGGUGCUCGGAUGUGAAUAGUAAAGAAUAUUUGGAGUUAAAGUAGCCAAUCAGAGCGUGCCUUCAACACUAUCCACUGUUUUGAUGUAUAGUAAAAUAUAUUGUCAAACUUGAGAUUGUUUAACAUACUGUUAUGUUGAUUAUUUUUGUUCUUCAGGACUUUGGUGAUGGUGGUGCUUUUCCUGAAAUUCAUGUGGCACAGUAUCCUUAUGUGAAUUUUUUUUUUUUUGCUCCAGAGAGCGCAAUAAGCAGUGUUUUGGCUAAUCAUCUUCAUUAUGAGAUUUUGUUUGAGAAGAGUUACUAUAAAGAUAUUUUAACAGAACUUGUGGCCUUUUGCUGUACUAGACAAUGGAUUGGUUGGUCUGUGUUCAAGGUGUGACUGGAUCAUUUUGUAACUUUAGCCUUACAGUGUCUCUCUCCAACCAUGAAUAUAAUUGAGAACUAGCCAGAGGCUUCAAUAUAUAUAUAUUUUUGAAUGUGUAUUUAAUUAACUUGCUAUGGUCUAAGUAAAAGGUUUGAUUAUGUUUGACCAAAACUUUUCUUAACAAGAAUCUUUCAGGUAUCCUCUGGACAUGGGGCGGACAAAAAAGGUCAGAUAUGUUGUCUUUAAAGGGAUAAGAGUGUUAUGUGAAUUAUGUUUUUGUUAGCCUUUGGAACUCUCACUUCUGAUGUUUCAUGACUCUGUGUUUAUUGUAUGUCACAGCCUGCUUCAGGAACAAAUGCUCUACCAGUGCAGCUUGAUUCAAAAGGCAGGGUGAAGUAUGAUGCUCUUGUUAAACAGGGACAUGGCAAAGAUAAGGUAACAAAACCUGGUUAUGGAGAAAGGAGAAAUAAGCGUUAGAGACAUUAUCAUUUUUACAUGUGCCCCUCCCAGCAACUCUUUGACUCCUAAAAAUGACUAGCAUCUAAUUUCUCAUUACAAUAUCAGACCUGAAUUAUGCAAAAAGGUCGCAAGAAUAAAGGAUAUGAUAACCAACUAAAGAAGUUUGUGUUUUUAAACAAAUUCUCCUCAUUAGAAUCUUAGAAAAUAUAUAGAGAACAGUAUGGAGAGUAUGAAUAUUGAUGUUAGGGUGUAAAGGGCUAAAAGAAGUCAUGUUUAUAUAUCACUUGCUGCAUUUUUAUACUCCACAUUCAAAACUUGUCCUCAAAUGCACCUCGUGUUUCACUAUCAUCCUUUGUCACAGAUGAUAGCCAACAUUUUUUUUUUAAUGAGCAACAAUUAGAUUGUAUUCUGCAUCCCCAACCAUCAUUGCCACCUUUCUGUUAAUUCUGAAGUUCCUUUAUUUUAAACCCUUUAAAUCCUAGAAGUGAUUAACUGGCAACUUCUCCUGAUAAUAUCCAUGCAUUAUCCAGCAAACAGAUUUCUUUUACCUACUUGUAAUUUACAAGGAUUUGUGUGGCAGCUAGAGGAGAGAAUUUACAUCCAGAUUUUGAGAGUUAACACCUUCUUGCUGUUACUUUAAAUUCAUUUUCCAUGAUUUAAAAAACAUAACUUAAAAUUUUGCACUGUGUCUUGUUUAGAUUAGUAAUAACAAUACCUCUUGGUUGAUUUGGUAUCAAAUUCAGUUUUUAAUUUAUUUUUCUUAUGUUCUCAGGUUGUACAUUCCAGAUUCCAAGACUUAGUUCCUGUACAUUUAAAAGAUGAAGGUGAUCCAGACUUAGAAAGACCAUCAGAGGAAGAUAUUGAAGAGGUAAAUUAACCUGCUUAUAAUGUGAUCAAAACACAUGGUGUUGUUCAGCAAUACCUUCUUUGUAGCUCUGUGUUAGAGAAUCUGUCUAUUUUUGGUUGAUGUUGUCAUCAGAAUAAAAAAAUAGAUAAGUGUUUUUUCCUCUCAAGAGAAUUUCAUGGAAAUUUGUUUUUACUGACAACAUUGUUAGCUAUCUAAUUCCUUUCUUGAGCAUUCUCUCAAUACUUUUGGAUUUACAAACUUAUCUGCAUUAUAUUAAGGAUCCCUUAAUAUCUUGUAUUCUAUUAACUCAUUUUGUCUGAAAUGAAUUAACUUCAGACAACCAGGAAAACAAGAGAAGCUCUGGAAAAAGAAGUUACAACAAAAAUUGCUGCAGCACAGCCCACCCAAGUUGCUCAGAAGCCACAGGCAGCCCAGUACAUCAGAUACACACCUUCCCAGCAAGGAGUAGCUUUCAACUCUGGUGCUAAACAGCGAGUCAUAAGAAUGGUGGAAAUGCAGAAAGAUCCUAUGGAGCCACCAAGAUUUAAGUAUGGCAGUUGAAUAGAUUACAGAUCAUUUCUUACCAACAGUCAUUUCAUACUCAGUCAGUUGAGUCCUUUUGUAUCCAGCUCGGUUGUUUUGUUCCCAAACUAGUAAAGUAUGUUUUCCAUGUUGACAACUAGCAAAAAAGUAUCACACUUUCACAAACUGUUAUUAUUAAAAAAGUCACGGGUAUAAACAAUAGACUUUUCUGUGAAUAAUAUCAUGCUUGCCUUGUGCUAGGCAAUAAUUAAGUUGUUUUGGUUAAGAGAGUCACGAGUACACAUGUACACAAGACAAUUUUGUUUGUUACUUCUCACUUGACUCUACUAACUUGUCAUACACAAUGACUGACAUCUGUUCACACACUCUUGUGUGAGGUAUUUUGAAAGCAUGUGUAAAUUGACCAGGAGUUUGGGUACAAACCAACUUAAACUUGGGUUUCAAAGCAACCCAAACUUGGGUAUGAAUCUACUGCAUUUGGAUAAAAAAUGACGUUGGGUACAAAGUGACUGGAUACCUUGAAUACUGCUGUACUACAACAUAAUGAAUCUUUAAGUUUUUUUUUUUUUCCCAAAGUUGUGACUGUAAAGUUUGGAUGAGUUAUUUACAUGUUCUUAUUUUUCAUUAACACUACCCUUUCCAUCUACUUGAGAGAAAAUCGACAGAUUAUCAUCCAGUCUGCCCAUUGAUCAAUCAGUUUCUAGACAAAGCUGACUACAAGGUUAAGAUUGUCAUAAGCAUAUUACUGUUGAAGAAUUCUUGGAGCAAAUUGCCUGGGAUUCACUCCAAGUCUUCUCUGCUCAUCAAUGAUCUGCCGCAUUAUCUUCCCCUUGUAGCUUAAAAAAUUAUUUAGAAUUUUGAUGGGAAGAAGACUACUAAGAAAAUGAAAGUACUUUGAUGCACAUCUUCACAGUAAUCUUUCACUCAUCUUGUUAAUUUUUAGAACAAACAAGAAGAUCCCUAGGGGACCCCCCUCACCUCCUGCUCCAGUGAUGCACUCACCAAGCAGAAAGGUAAGGGAAAGUGCACAUCAAAUGAACGUUGCUUCACAAAUCCAGGAAAGCAGUAUUCUUAAGAGUACCACUGAGACCUUUUAGGUGGAUAUUGCUUGGGGAGUGUCUUUCUAAUUUGACGGCUUUGAAAUUUUUAAUGCAGGUGCAACAGAUGAAACUAAAAUUUGUCAUUUGAUUUUGUUGGGACAAUUCUAGUUUUGUCCACUAGUGCGGAAAGGCCCAAAGAUAUAUUAAUAAGCUGUAGUGUUUCCACAGAAUUGACCUGUGUCCACUGGUUGUAAGGGAGUUUAGAUUUAGUUGGAAUUUUGGGCUGUUACUUGACAAAUGCUACAAUUAGUAUUUCUUUUCCUCAGGUGACUGUGAAAGAACAGCAGGAGUGGAAGAUCCCUCCCUGUAUUUCCAACUGGAAGAAUGCCAAGGUAAUUUGAUUUGAGGACAAUUUGAAAAUGUACAUAAGAAAAAGAAAUCGAGGGAAGGCUCUCUACAGAAAGUGCUUCUCUGAAUCAAGGGCUACAUAUGGAAAAUAUGCAUACUGAUGUUAGGCUAUAAAAUGUUAAAGUAUUUGUUUUGUUGUUGUUGGCUGUAGGGGUACACCAUCCCUCUUGACAAACGUUUAGCCGCAGAUGGGCGUGGUCUUCAAGACCCCCACAUCAAUGACAAGUUUGCAAAGUUGGCUGAAGCACUGUACAUAGCAGACAGAAAGGUGAACUUUAUGGAGAAUGACUUGUAAAGGCCUAACACAUGUACUUUAUAACUCCUUUUAAUAUCACUCAACAACGAAAUAGCAUUUGAAAAUGUUUAGUUUCUUUUCUUGCCUCUAAACCAGAAAAUCACAUGUACCAAUUAUCAGGAUAAAUUUUGGUCAUUAUGAACUGUGGAAAUUUGCUCCCAUAAAUCACAAAAAGUCACCAAAGUGCAGAAUAAUGUUCUACUUACCUGAUCUUUCAUGUCAUGUGGUAUUUCGCAUCAUUUUGGCUGAAUUUUGGUAAUUUCACUCAGUGGUUGCUAAUUUUGUGCCCAACAUACACACGCAAUUUUUAACAAGCCAGAGGAGGCAAGACUCCUAUCACUGCACCACAUUCCAAGUUUUGAAACUAAAAAGGGGGAGAAGUCUGAACUGCAAGCUCACCCCAGUUUCUGUUGCAUAAAGCAAAUAGCACUAAUGUUACUCCCUCUCGGAUGGGAUGUUGAUCCAUUGCAAGGCUUCCCCCCUCCACCCUCAAGCAUUUCGUCUGGUUUCUCUUAGAGGUCGUUGGUGCCGAUUAUGCCGCUGAGUGGAGAGAGAAACUUUGAGAGUAAAGUUCCCCGUGACAUCCUUAUAAUUUAUUGAGGAUUGGCCAUUGACUUGUACCAUUGGUGCUAUUGAUCUUUUUGUUGUAAAUAGCACUACAUACUGCAAGCAAUAACUUUUUUUAUUAUCAUUAUUUUAUUACCAUUGUGUACCUUGAAUAUGACAGAGACACAGCGCAUUGUGUUGAGAAUAAUUUGUUUGUUUGAAAUUUCUGUCAGGCUCGGGAAGCUGUUGAAAUGAGAGCUCAGCUGGAAAAGAAGGUCGCGCAGCGAGAGAAGGAGAAGAAAGAGCAGAAGUUGGCGGCGCUGGCCAAGCAAGCGAGGGAAGAACGAGCUGGCAUCAGAGCUACUGCAGGUAAAUCGUGCGGUUUUCAAAACAAACCGAGGGGCGUAUUUUAACUGUUAAGUCCAGUUAUUUCACACUGCAAUUGCAGCGCAACUCCUGUUGGUUCACCGUAAAUACGUACAAUCGCGUUACGCGUCUGUUAAAAUCCUACUCGCAGCAAUGUCCGGAAAGGUUUGUUCGAUAUAAUUGUCGAGAGAAAGAAAGAGGCAAACGUUCCAAGUUUUUAAAUUCUUCCUUUUUUAAAACCACCCGGUGGUGAGAUUACAGUAGUAACUACAAGCAGUUUUCUUCUUGCGAAUAGGAUCUCAAUGGACGAUGGACCCUAGAGAAAUAAAGUUUGAAUACAGUAAAAUAAAAUGACGAGGGAUAAAGAAAUAUUGGAAAUUUCUAUCAUAAAAAAGGGAUUAAACAAAAUUGGGUUCUAGCUGAUGUGGGAUGAUCCAAAUUCAAAACAGGUUCCAUUUGUAAAUUGGUGUGAAAUCAUUGAACACCUCUAGUCGCAAGUGAAGUGAUAUUUACGCGUCUCCUCUAACAAAAUUGCUGUCCUGUUUAAAACCCGUAUUUUAGAGCGGUCUGAAGAGGAGAGAGAAAGAGACCAGCUGCGUCAUGAACGACACAAGGAGAGAGAAAGAGAUCGGAGAAUUUCUAAAGCUGCACCUGAUAAAAGGUACCUAAAGGAACUAGAUUAAGAAGUUGAGCUCGGUAAUGAAAUGGAGAAAGAUUCUUUUCUUUUCUUCUCGCGCGUGUGAGACAGAAAACUUUUUGUGUUGUAUUUACGCACAUGAUGCUUUCGACGUCAGAAUCCUUGUUAAAUAUGAACGUAGUAUUGGUCUGACUCACCCAUAGAGAGUCUCUGUGGCUCAAUGGAAGAGUACUGCUUCGGAGCGCGGAAUCCAAAGACCUGAGCUACGAUUCCUCAUAGGAAGUCAGAUUUUUUUUCCACGUUUGUUAUAGGACGAAAAAAAUACCUUAGCUAAGGUGAAAUAACUUUCCACAUACUCUCUAUUUCUACUUUUAUUUAAAGUAAAAUGUUUCUUAUCUUGACUAUGGCAAAGCUUGAUCACCAUCCAUAUACUGUAAUUUACUGUAAUUUACUCUUAUUUCCUUGAAGUGGCUGAAGCCGUAUACUAUGCAAAAACUCUGCUUGUCGUUCAAAAUAGACAUCGAUUAGGAUAUUCACAUUAGUGGUAACGGUAGAUCUUUGCGCACUUACAUGGAAUGACUGAUUGUUCCUAUAGGUCCAAACUUCAGCGUGACAAAGAGCGUGACAUAAGUGAGCAGAUUGCAUUAGGCCUGGCUUCUGCUCCUCCCUCACAGGAAGCAAUGUUUGAUCAGCGAUUAUUUAAUCAAAGCAAGGUAAGUCACUACAGCUUAUGUCACAAUUAUGCGUCUUUUUCGUAUUAUUUCAAGGGCAUAUCUAGGUGACGCGUGCAGAGGUGUACACCCCCCUCCCCCUCGAAUUGACUUGCGGCUUUCCUAUAUGCAUACAAAUGGUUUUACAAAAUCUGCUGUAUUAUUUGUAAUGUACUAUCAGUAGUUCAAGUUGUGUUAUUGCCUGGUCACCCUUUAAUUUACGUCAUUCCUUAAUAGUGCACCCCCAUCGAAGGAAGAUCCUGAAUCUGUAUCCCUUUCCCCCUACCCCCCACCCCCUACCUGCUUACCGAUCCAAUUGUAUUUAGUUCCCUAACCCUCCCCCUUCCACCACUCUUUGACAAUCUAGUGUCUUGUCCGUUAGGGCCUGGACUCCGGAUUCGCUGGAGAUGACGAUGGAUACAAUGUGUACGACAAGGCCUGGAGACGAGAGGGCAGCACAGCCAAUGCAAUCUAUAGGCCGAGCAAGAAUGUGGACCGCGAUGUUUAUGGAGAUGAUCUGGAAAAACUGGUUCAAACAAGCAGGUAAUUAACUGUGAUAACCAAGAACCGAGCACCGUGGGACUUUCUUCUGCCCCUAGUUAUAUUCCCUUCGAGAUUAUUGUCAAGGAAGAGUGUUAAAAAAAAAUUUUUUUUUUUGGGGGGGGGUUGAUAUAUUAAAAAAUAUGUUAUAUUAAACCUUAAUUUAAUAUUUUUUAUACUUUUAGUUUGGCUUCGAUUAAAGUAUUUAGUUGACAAAUCAAAAAACGGUAAUAGAUUAUUAUUUACAAUUUGAUGAGCUUUUUUCAUUAUUUACAGUGCUAUGUGGCUAAAUAGAUGCUUGAAAAUAUUGAAAAACAUUGUUCUGAAGAAUGCAAAAUGUUCUGUCCUUUCGGUAAUUUUUAGAGUAGUUUUCAAUUGAACAACGAGGGGCUUAUUGCUUAGUCUUUUUACUCCCAAGAUCUCUUUAGUAAUUCUCCUUACUGUCAGCCUUACAAUUCUCAUGAUGUUACUUCGGAGAAUUUGGUAUUGGAUCAACUAAUAAUAUAUUUUUUUUGCUUAUUCUCAUCACUUGUCUGGUUGAUAUUGGAUUGACUUUGUAAGGUGAAAUUGAAGAGGAGUUAAAGGAUUAAGAUGAGAUGGUUUGGCUGUCACAUUCCUCCCACUUUCACGGCUGUUUUAAAAAUUGUUCUUAUAUCACGUAAUCGGCACUUUCCUGUUUUUCAGGUUUCAGCCUGACAAGGGAUUUGCUGGCACAGAUCGUGGUCAGCGGCGUGACGGGCCAGUUCAGUUCGAAAAGGAAGAGGAGGAUCCUUUUGGUUUGGACAAGUUUCUUACAGAGGCUAAAAAAGGAAAGAGGCCGUUAGACGAACCCUCCAGAUCAAGGUAU